CUCCUUUUUUUCUGUCAGUUUUUUCUUUUUUGUUCCUGACAGCCUCGUCGGUGAAGGUCGCUUUCUCUUCGCUUCUUCUUCUGUAACCGACUAAAGUCUACACCGACAGACACUCAAAAAUGGAGAUAGAGAAGGAGGUGAAGAAGAUGACCCUCGGCCAUGAGUUUGGAGCGGGAGCAGCCUGUUUAAAAUGCAAAGACAAGUGUGAAGGCUUUGAACUGCAUUUUUGGAGAAAAAUCUGCCGAAACUGCAAAUGUGGCCUGACGGAGCACAAUGUGCAGAUGAACUCGGAGGAGAACAAGAAGGUGGGAAAGCUGUUUGAAGACACCAAGUACACCGGGCUUAUUGCCAAGCUGAAGACGGAUGGCAUACCAAGCUACCAGGGCAACAUGGUCACCAUCACUCUGCCCAGCUCGUCCAGCUCCUACAUUGUUCCUCCCAGUGCCUCCUCGACUGUGGUGCCACCCUCUGCUGCAGCUGGUUAUGUACAGCCUGCUGGAGCCCCUGCAGGCUCAGCACCCGGCAGUGCUCAGGCUCAGGCUAAGGCUCAGGCUCAAGCUCAAGCUAAGGCUCAGGCUCAGGCUCAGGCUCAGGCAGUACCUGCUGGCGUCGCACCUGCCAAAGCUGGUAGGCUGCCAGUCGCUAUCAGUGCCACAGCAGCCAAUGUGAUGCCAGUCUCCAAAGAUGUGCCAAUGAAGUCAGUCACCUACGAGUGGGCACCACCGGUAGCCAAUAAAUAUCUGGCGGUGCGUUACAUCGAGCUGCUCCCACCAGAGAAGCGACCGGUGGCGGGUUCAGAAGGGGCCGCUUAUCGUCGGCAGCAGAUGGCUCGCCAGCUGCCCGAGCACGACCAGGACCCGUCCAAGUGCCAUGAGCUGACCCCCGCCGAGGUCAAGCAAAUGGAGCAGUUCGUCCGCAAGUACAAGGAUGAGGCCCUUGGGAUCGGAGAUGUCAUGCUGCCUGAAGACAUGGCUCAAAUCCAGGCAGGAGGGCAGGGUGGAGCUGGUGGUGCAGCUGGUGCUGGAGCUGGAGGGGCUAAUGCUGGGCCUGGGUUUAGACCUGGAGCUGGUGGAGUUGCUGGUGCUGGAGCUGGAGUUGGAGGGGCUAAUGCUGGGCCUGGGUUUAGACCUGGGGCUGAUGGAUCUGGAGCUGGUGUUAAUGCUGGGGCUGGGGCUGGAGCUGGAGGGGCUGGGUAUAGACCUGGAGUUGGGGGUGCAGGGGUUGGAGCUGGUUUUGGGCCUGGAGCUGCAGGCACUGGUGUUGGUCCCAUUGGUGGAGCCGGAGCUGGAGCUGGAGCUGGAGCCGGAGCCGGAGCUGGAGCUGGACCUGGAGUUGGAGCUGGAGGUGCUGGAGGUGCUGGAGCAUUCUCAGGACCAGGGACUGGAGCCUCAGCUGGCUUCGGGCCAGCUGGAGGAGACUUGGGUACUACUGCCACUGCUGGAGCCAUGGGGGUCCCAGGAACUUUGCAAGCUGGACUACCACAGAACUUUUCGUGCCAUCACUGCCAGCAGCCGAUGCGUGUUGGCGAGCCGGCCGUGUACGCAGAGCGGGCCGGCUACGACAAGAUGUGGCACCCGGCUUGCUUCGUGUGCUGUAACUGCACUGAGCUGCUGGUGGACAUGAUCUACUUCUGGAAGAAAGGCAAGCUGUACUGUGGACGUCACUACGGAGACAGCGAGAAGCCGCGUUGUGGAGGAUGUGACGAGCUGAUCUUCAGUAACGAGUACACUCAGGCUGAGGGCCAGAACUGGCAUCUGAAGCACUUCUGCUGUUUUGAGUGCGACUGCAUCCUGGCUGGAGAGACGUAUGUCAUGGAGAACGAUAAACCUGUCUGCAAACCCUGCUACAUGACGAACUACGCUGUGAAAUGUACAGUCUGCCAGAAUCCGGUGGAGCCCGAGGCGCAGAGGGUUUCCUACGGUGAUCACCACUGGCACGCCGAGCCGGACUGCUUCAAGUGCUCCGGCUGCACCAAGUGCCUGGUCGGUCAACGCUUCAUGGCAGUGCAGGGCUUCCUUUUCUGCUCCGUGGAGUGCAAGAAGAAAACCAUGACUUAGACGGACCAAAACAUCUCCCUCCGUCUUCUCCACAGCCAGGACGGGUUCAGCUAAAGCUAGAACCAGAGCAGGGAAAACAAACACUGGUGCAGCUGGGCGAGGGAAGAUAUGUUUGAUCGUGGUUGUGUUAACAUAAAAUAGAGUGCCUCUUACCUCUACUAUAGAGACGUACAAGUAACAGUGAGUCUAUUUGCAUUUGGGUGCUCUUUCCUUCCUGAAGACACACACAGUAACGUCUCCACUAUAGGAUGACACCCAAACUUCUAAUAUCUUCUGCCUUAAAAUCAGUUGUCUUCUUUCAACAAGUAGAUUGUUUUUUUUUUUACUUGCACUGUUUUUUCUUACUGAUAAGAUUAUUUCUAUUAUAUGAUGAUGUUUUUUUUUUUUAAACUUUUGAACCUGUGUCUGUUCGAUGGCAUUAGCGCUGUUGUCCCUUAAAGAAGCUACUGUUAAUUUACUGCUUCCUUUAUCCCAAAAAAAACAAAAAACAAAAAAAAACUACUGAUAUUCACUCUCCUCUAUGCAGCAAUAUGAUGAGCAAUAUUAGCAAGGUUUGGGCUUGAUUUGCUUCCAGUGCACUGUUUUUAAGAGGACAUGUCAAAGAAAGCCCUACAUCGAAAUGAAAUAAUUAUGUAGCAGACAAGUUUACUUCCUGAAUGCAACAGAGAAUUGGAGGUAAAUUGUCCUAAAUCUGAUAGCAGUACUGUGUAUCUAUAUAAAAGCAGCAAUCUACUGUAGUUGUUGUAUUGGCUAGCAUCAUCCCAUGAGAUAGAGUAAUAUUAUAAAAGUAUUUUGAAGGAGCAAAAACAAUGUGAAAACCUUACAGUGUACACCACCAGUUACCGAUGUAUGAGGCACACCUGUUACAAGCUAAUGCAAUGCAACUAGACUGCAUUAUCGACAGGUGUCUUAAACAAUGCCCCCCCUCAUUUGAUGGCUGAAUUAUUGCACCAUUGUUGUUAUUGAAUGGCAUCGGCUUGUACCUAAUGAACUGGUAACGCUUUGUUAAUGCAGUUCAAUUAAAUACAACAACACUACAAGCUGUAGAAUUGAUAU